CUCUUUGGACUCAGCGAGAUUGUCAGGAUGGCAAGCCGCCGUUUUGCCCUGAAGACCCUCGACUGGGUGGCAUUUGCUGAGCGCGUUCCACCCAACCAGAGGGGCAUGUUCAAUGCCCUGAAGACCCGCAGUGAUGCUAUUGCCGCCAAACUAUCCUCCCUGCCAGAGUCGCCACCUGCCAUUGACUGGAGCUACUACAGAAGCACUGUGGCCAAAGCUGGGCUGGUUGAUGAGUUUGAAAAGAAGUUCAAAGCCUUGCAGAUCGCUGCACCUGUUGAUACAGAGACAAGCGCCAUCAAUGCCCAGGAGGUCAAGGCUAACGCAGAUGCCACAGAGUACGUGGAAAGCUCAAAGACCCGUGUCGCUGAGUAUGAAAAAGAGUUGGAAAAGUUUAAGAAUAUGAUCCCCUUCGACCAGAUGACUAUCGAAGAUCUCAAUAAAGUCUUCCCUGAGACCAAGUUGGACAUGGUCAAAUAUCCAUAUUGGCCCCACAAGCCCAUUGCUGACCUGUAAUUCUAUAAGACACUCACCUCACAUUAAAAAAUAUUAUUUUAAAUGGAAGAAAUUUAGUAUAUUUGUGUGUGCGUGUGCGUGUGAUCUUGACUUACACCUUUGCAUAGUUAGCAGUAUUAAAAUUAAAACCAAGUAUUGUCUGAUGUCUAAACGAUGCCUUUGUAAUGUUACCCCAUUUUUGAUUAAAUUAGAC